GUCAAAAAAGUCAAAACCGGUUUCUUUACUAAACGCUGCGUUUAGUAUUCUCUCGGCGACGCUUCGAAUCAUGGCGGACAAAGCAGCAACGUCGUCUUCCUCAUCUCCGCCGGAAAUUGCAGAUGAAACACAGGACUGGAUGCUCGGAUCCGGGUCGGGUUGGGUCGAAGCUCGUACAUCUUGCGAUCACUUGAACUCUCUUUCUCCUGAUUUGCUUCACUUACCAACUCCUGAUACUCCUUGUUCAAGGUGCCAAAACCCAGUAGAGAACUGGUUAUGCCUUUGUUGUAAAGAGGUUCUAUGCAGCCGUUUCGUGAACAGGCAUAUGCUUAUGCAUCACCAACAGACUGGUCACUGCCUUGCUCUCAGCUAUAGUGACUUGUCAGUAUGGUGCUUCUGCUGCGAAGCGUAUCUUGAUGCUCAGAUCAUAUUGCAGCUGAGACCAAUCCACCAAGCUGCUUACAUUCUUAAAUUUGGCGAGUCUCCUCCUUUACCUCAACUUUGAACACUAAUAACCUCUCAUUUUCUUACUUGGUCUGUGCUUUCGUCUCUCUGGAUGUGUUAGGGAAGAUAAUGUAGUACAAUAUUGAGUCCUUGUUCUCUCUUGGUUCCAUGAGAAAGCAAAUAAAGUUUCUAACGUUAAUUAUCAUCGCAUUUAGUUAAAAACAAUUUUUUUCUAUAA